UUCUCGCCCCCCUUCACUUCACUUCCUUCUCCUCCAGCAUGUCCAUGUCAUGUCUCCCAUUUGCUCCUCAUUUUUUAUCACAACUUGAACUAUGAGUGCGUUUAAUAUUUAAUCAUAAACGUUGAGCACGCUCGGUCCUGCGAGUCCUCCCUCAUCUCCCUCCACCCCCCGCCUUCUAUCUACUCUGCGCUCCUCUCUUCCCCACCUGUUAGUCCGUCUCCCUCGCUGCUCUGCGCUGGAAUCUCCUCUUCAUCUUCUUCGCAUAUUUUUUAUGAGGACUUUCACACUUGAUCUAAGUCUUUCGACCUUCAUCCCAAUGACUGUGCGGAAAGGAAAAACUCUAGCCAUCACCAUCCAGGAGCACAUGGCCAUCGACGUCUGUCCGGGGCCGAUCCGGCCCAUCCGCCAAAUAUCGGCCUACUUCCCCCGUCUCUCGCCCACUUCCUCUUUCUCGGAGCCACUGUCUCCCAAUCAGACAGGAGCUGCUUCCGCCCUCAGUCCUGGUAGUGCAGGUCAAGUUGGAGCUGGAGGAGGGAGUGGCGGCCUGCUGUCACCGUUGUUAGCAGCAGGAGGCUGUGGCGGGGGCGGAGGCUCGCUCUCUGCUAUGAGCAGCAUUGACACCUCCAUCGAGGUCGACAGCUGUGACAGCGACGAUAACACCUCUUUGGGGACAUUGGAGUUCGACCUGCUGUAUGACAGAGCCACAAGCUCCUUGCACUGCACUGUUCUCAAGGCCAAGGGACUGAAACCCAUGGAUUUCAACGGCUUGGCUGAUCCCUACGUAAAGCUGCACCUUCUGCCCGGAGCUUGCAAGGCCAACAAACUGAAAACCAAGACUGUGCGCAACACCCUAAACCCUGUUUGGAAUGAGACGCUUACAUACUGCGGCAUCACCGAGGAAGACAUGUAUCGAAAAACUCUAAGGGUGUCCGUGUGUGACGAAGACAAGCUGACCCAUAACGAGUUCAUCGGAGAGUCACGGAUUGCGCUGCGCCGUAUCAAGCCCGACCAGACCAAGCACUUUAACAUCUGUCUGGAGCAUCCGCCUCCUCUGCCCUCACCCACGGCAAUGAGCACGGCCCUAAGAGGAAUCUCCUGCUACUUGAGAGAGUGGGAGACAGAGCAACAGAGAAGCCUGGAGGAGAGAGGCCGUCUGCUGCUAUGCCUGCAGUACCUGCCACCGGCUGACGAGGAUGACGCUGAUGGUAAAGGCGAGACCAAGGAGAAGAACAGCGGCGGCUUGUGCGUGGGCGUCAAACGCUGCGCACACCUGGCCGCCAUGGACGUCAACGGCUUCUCCGAUCCCUAUGUUAAAACGUACCUCAAGCCAGAUGUUCAAAAGAAAUCCAAGCACAAAACUGCUGUUAUCAAAAAGACCCUCAACCCAGAGUUUAAUGAGGAGUUCUUCUAUGAAAUCUCCUUCUCAGAGCUUGCCACCAAGACGUUAGAGGUCACCGUUUGGGAUUACGACCUCGGCAAGUCAAACGACUUUAUCGGGGGCGUCUCCUUAGGGUGCCACUCGCAGGGGGAGACCCUGCAGCACUGGAUAGACUGUCUGAAAAACAAGGGCAAGAAAGUGGAACGUUGGCACACGUUGACCAACGAGCUGCCCGGCUCUAACCUGCAGGAAUGAAGUGUAUCUCUCAGAACUGAUACCCUGCUGUGACAACACGUCUGAAGAGGGCGGAUGAUGAAGGAAUCGGAUCAUCCCAGUCCCGUUUGGAGGAUUUUUUGCAUGACUGUCAAAGGCAAACGGCUGCCUGAUGUUGCGUCAUAAAGCAAAACAUGUAAACACAUUGAAAGACAAUGGGUUGAAUCACACAUCAAAACACUUGCCUGCACAAAGCUGCUUUUUAAUUCAUCCAUCCAUCCAUCCAUCCAUCCAUCUUCAUCCGCUUAUCCGAGGUCGGGUCGCGGGGGCAGCAGCCUAAGCAGGGAAGUCCAGACUUUCCUCUCCCCAGCCACUUUGUCCAGCUCUCCCUUGGGGAUCCCGAGGCGUUCCCAGGCCAGCCGGGGGACAUACUCUUCCCAACGUGUCCUGAAUCUUCCCUGCCCUAAACACCUCUCUAGGGAGGCGUUCAGGUGGUAUCCUGACCAGAUGCCCAAAACACCUCAUCUGGCUCCUCUCCAUGUGGAGGAGGAGCGGCUUUACUUUGAGCUCCCCCCAGGUGGCAGAGCUUCUCACCCUAUCUCUAAGGGAGAGCCCCACCACCCGGCGGAGGAAACUCAUUUCGGCCACUUAUACCCGUGAUCUUGUCCUUUCAGUCAUAACCCAAAGCUCCUGACCAUAGGUGAGGACGGGAACGUAGAUCGACCGGUAAAUUGAGGGCUUCACCUUUCGGCUCAGCUCCUUCUUCACCACAACAGACACACCGAUCCCCCUGUCGAUCUCACGAUCCACUCUUCCCUCACUCGUGAACAAGACUCUGAGGUACUUGUACUCCUCCACUUGGGGCAGGGUCUCCUCCCCCCUUUUCGGGCGAGAACAAUGGACUCGGACUUGGAGGUGCUGAUUCCCAUCCCAGUCGCUUCACACUCGGUUGCUUUUUAAUUACCCUUUUAUUUGGGAUGCUUGGCUAUUUUUUGAGGGUUUUAGUGUCAACUGAAAAAUCUGUUUACAGGUACUGUUAGGCUACAAACAGGUGGAGUACUUAGCUGAGGAACUUUGGAAAUAGUCGAUUGUUAAAAGUUAGGACAUUUUCAAUAACAGCAUUUUUACAAACAACAUAAUACAAAGCAUUUCGGUGAGAUUUACUGUGGUUAAGGGCAUAUACACAUGCAAAUGUACAUUACAAUGAUCUUAUUUUUGUGUCAAACAAAGACAAACAUGCUGGCUAGCAUUGUGAUGUAUUUCUAAUUUUUUUUUGUUUGCCAUAAUAGUAUAUUUGUUUUCUCUGAUUUUUCUUGGAUAAGAUAACACUUUAAAUAUUAUUUGGAUUCUUUUAAUUUUGAUUGAUUUUCUGCACAAGUAUUUUUGGUGCACAUUCACUAAAUUUCAUUUUACAUUUUAAAUUUUAAACCAAGAAGAACACAAGGAAACAUUAAAAUGUAUUCUUGUUUAUUCCCAUGUAUUAAAGGCCUACCGAAACCCACUACUACCGACCACGCAGGCUGAUAGUUUAAAUAUCAAUGAUGAAAUAUUAACAUUGCAACACAUGCCAAUACGGCCAGUUUACUUGACUAAAUUGCAAUUUCAAAUUUCCCGCGGAGUUUCUUGUUAAAAACAUCGCGGAAUGAUGACGCGUGCGCUUGACGUCACGGACUGUCAGGAAAUAUUAGCUCAGCACCAGUGACGGCUAAAAGUUGUCUUUUCAUCGCAUAAUUAGACAGUAAUUUGGACAUCUGUGUUGCUGAAUCUUUUGCAAUUUGUUCAAUUAAUAAUGGAGACUAUAAAGAACAAUGCUGUUGGUGGAAAGUGGUGUAUUGCAGCUGUCUUUAGCACUGAGACACAGCCGGUGUUUCUUUGUUUUUAACACAGAGCGGUCAAGCGAACAUGUUUCUCUACGUCAACCAGCAUGUUUUUCGAUGGGAAAAGUGUGAUAUAUAUCUUACCGGAGACGUCAUUGGAUUAUUCGUCCUCCUGCAGUAGCUAUUUAAAAGGCAGUUGUGAGCUUGGCUCCUCGGCUUCUCUCUGAAGACACUGCGUGUUCACCGCAGCCAUCCGACCUCGAGGUAUGUGUUUACAAUCUCACUAAAACACUAUUAAAACAAUAAGCAGACAAGGCAUCUUCCAGAAUUAUCCUAGUAAAUGUGUUUAAUUAAAUCUGAAACGCUCACACUGCCGCCGCCUGGAGCCGUCGCUUUUUAUUUUAUUUUAUUAUUAUUAUUAUUUUCUAGUCCUUCACUAUCAAUAUCAUCAUCCACGAAUCUUUCAUCCUCGCUCAAAUUAUUGGGGAAAUUGUCGUUUUCUCGGUCCGAAUAGCUCUUGCUGCUGGAGGCUCCCAUUAAAAACAAUGUGAGGACAUGAGGAGCCCUCACCCUUGACGUGACGUCAUCGUCUGCGACUUCCGGUAAAGGCGAGGCUUUUUUAUUAGCACCAAAAGUUGCGAACUUUUUCAUCAGUGUUCUCUACUAAAUCCUUUCAGCAAAAAUAUGGCAAUAUCCCGAAAUGAUCAAGUAUGACACAUAGAAUGGACCUGCUAUCCCCGUUUAAAUAAGAAAAUCUAAUUUCAGUAGGCCUUUAAAUUCACAACUUUUCCAGAACAUUCCAGCAUUUUGCAAACAAUAUUUUCAAGGUUUCUCUUUACUGGACGUGUUUUAAAACUGUCAUUGGUUUACAGAACAACACAAACAUUAGAAAAUGGUUCUAAAAGUGUAACAUUCUGCUGAACAACACCUUUUAUAAAAACGGAGUACUUGUUAAUGUAUGCUGAAUUUAUCGCAAUCAAAACAAAAAUGGUGGACGCAAUAAUUCCCCAUUUAAUGGUGGGCGGGGAGGAAUAUAGGAGAUGAUACUACUGUGCUUAAGAGUAUGGUUACAUUUUAAGCACGACCAAAAAUACAUUGUACAUGGUACAUUAAUAAGAGUACAUAGGAAUUACUUACAAACUUGCUCCUUUUUAAGCACAUACUCGCUGGUGAAGGUUAUUCUUCAAAAGGUAGUUUUGAACCGCGAAAGAGACAAGAGUUGGUGCGCAUGCGGGUUGAGCUACUUUAGAAGGUGACAUCGCCAUCUAUUGGCACGGCGUGCACAUUGCAGCCUUUCCAGAAUAAACCUCUGGGCAUUUUCCUUCCAUCCAUCCAUUUUUCUACUGCUUGUCCCUUUGGUUUCCUUUUCAUGUAAACAUACUCAAACUCAUUUGAUUUAAGUGCAAAUCAUGCAACAAAUAAUUGCAUUAAUUUAAUAAUCAUUCUAUUUGACCUUUCAUUAUUUAAAACAAAAAGCUUUUGCUACUAUAAUGCUUCCCAGAAUCUUCAAGUGGACAUUUUUGCGUCUUUUAUUCUGUGAAUGUUUCCUUGCAAACAGCAAAACCCAAUGAAAGAAUCAGUUCUUCCAUGUUAACGGCUUCUUUGUCAAAUGUUUUGCAUGCUUGAUGUCGCUGGAACUGACUUAAUGUACAAAAACGUGCUGCAGGAUGACCUGUUCCUAGUGGUGUUGUUCCCAAUUGCACUGAGAUGUAAUUCUCUUUUUAUCUGCCGAAUGAGGGUGUGGGUUGUGGAUGUUCAAAUCAUUAUUUUAAUUCAUUUUUAUGAACAGAGCACAGACUUUAUUGAUGGAUGGCAUUACUGAACUAUGAACUUGAACAGGCAUGCUGACAAAAUAUAUGUCACUAUAAAUACUGUGGUUUUUUUCUUGCUUUUUGGUUGUUUGUCUUCUAUAAAUGAGCAUGAUUUAUGUUUUUUUUUCUCAUAAAAUGUUCAUAUUGAUUUGC